AUGGACCCAGCCACUUGUCUGUCGCUGGCAGCCGAGUCUGCCAGUAUCUGCGUCGAGGUGAUGGGCCAAUUGAAGCGCUUCGUGGAAAAGAUGAAGAACGCGAAAAAGGAACUACAGCAGCUCCUGGAACGAAUACAGAGGUCACGCAAUUUCUUCGAGAUGCUACGAGUAAUGCUGAAAGAUCUAAUGAACGGGCCAGCCCGGGAUUUUGCGCUUGCCAUUGACGGGCAGGCAUGGAAGACAACCACGAACGAGCUGCAAGAGGUGGCGGGUCAGAUCGUGCAAGGCAAGGCCAGCCUGGAUAUCAAGGCAAAGUUCCAUUGGGCCACAAAAGGCUCCGCCAUUGGGACACUGGUGAAGAAGAUGAAGGAUCAGGAGGACGAAAUCCUCGACUUGUUCACCUUCAUCAACACGCAGACGAUAGCCACCACUAGGAGGGACAUAGAGUCGAUUAAGAAUCACAUAAUAACUCAAUCCACGCUCCACGAGCCCUUCAAAGAUCUGCAUAUUGUGGAAGAACAACAUGGACACACCCCCGAGCCUGCUCAGCCUCACACUCCUCUUAAUAUCAGGACUUGGCUAGGCCACAUUCUCGUGGAUGGCCACUCCGAGGAAUAUCUCGGUGAAAGAACACGACUUGCAGACGGCGCUUACUGGGGCAGAUGGGACAAAGUACACCAUGCCCUUCAAGUCGGGUGGAGAAAUCAUGGGGAGCUAUGGGGGAACGCAAUGCGUCUACAGACGAUGGAGGGGUGUCAGUAUAUGUCGGGCUUUACGCCCCUUCAUCAAGCCGCGUACAAUGGAGCGACGGUCGAGGUCGUCCAAACGCUUCUGAAAUAUGGCGCCUCACGAACCCUCCGAAGCUUUUCCGCACAAGAAUUCAACUAUCCGGACCUGACGGCCCUUGAGAUCGCCAUAGCGCUGGAACAGGAUCACCUGUUUGACAUUCUGGCUCCUGUCGUUCGCCAGCCGGUCCCUGCUCUCGUGCUUGACAAGCUAGAGAUGCACUUCCACGGCCUCAUAGCUGAACAGAUAGGCAGUGGACGCAUCAGAAACCACAAGAUCUACCUGCCACCUCUGGAGCCUUUGACGGAGCUUGAACGAAACCAGUGCUUCUGGUUUCCGGUCAAGCUCUCCGUCGCCGAGGGGUUGAAUGGUUUUGUAUACCAGCUUGACGGACGAGACUUGGUGGUUGAGGUGAGGAAAUCGCCGGACUCUGGCGAGAGCACCAUGUGGCGCGUCACCGAAGAUGGGUUCUUCGAGAUUGAAGACGCCGUUCUAUUCUAG